AUGCCUAAAGUAUAAGAAUUAAAACAUAAAUGUGUAUCAAAUAAAUUUCAUAUUUAUAUUACAUAAGUUAUAUAUAUUGUAUUUGUUGUAAUCUUUUCAAUGUUUUCAGCCAAGUGGACCACCUCAGGAAAAUCUAAAUGCGUUACAAAGAGCAAUAGACUCGAUGGAAGAAAAAGGUUUGCAAGAAGACCCAAGAUAUUCUCAAUUGUUAGCACUAAGAGCAAGACAAGGUAAUAUGGACCCAAAUCAAAGACCACCGUCUUCAAUGCAAGUGAGUUCUAUAUCGGUAUUAGUUCCUAUUACUGUAUGGGUAAAUAAUUAGAAUUGUUAUCAACUAAAUUAAUAUUAAUUUAAUUUCAGAGUAAUUAUCCCCCACAACAUCCUGAUAACCCACCUUCACCACAGCAAAAUUCCCCUAAUCCUAAUGGGCCUAAUGGACCAAGUGCACAAAACAAUUUAUCUCCAGCCCAAAUGCAGCAACUCAGAGUUCAGAUAAUGGCAUAUAGACUAUUGGCUCGGCAACAACCUUUAACUCCACAAUUAGCUAUGGCUGUUCAAGGAAAAACUUCACCUCAAGGUUAUCCCCCAGUGCCUUCACCACAUCAUCGUCAAUUAGAACCAGGAGAAAUAGAUAUUCCGAUGGCACCAGGAGGUCCAAUAAGAAUGCCAAUGCAAAAUUCUCCUAGACAGGCUAACCCCCCUGGCCUAAUGCAACAACAAUCUUCGGUUCGAAUGCCUCAACCUGGUUCAACUGCACAAUCUCAAAUUCAACCUCCCAACCCACAACAUCCUCAAGGUCAACCAUCAAAUCAGACUCCACCUGUAUCUAUAAAUGGACCUCAACCGCCUGCUAACAUGCCUCCUACACCAUCGGUAAUGCCUCAAGCUUCGCAACAAAUAAGUUCACCUCAGCCUCCUGUAGGUCAACCGCCUAUGGGAGGAGUCCCUCAACCUAUGAUGAGUGGACCACAACAAAUGGCCGGCAUACCUCCUCACAUGCAAAAUAUGCCUACAACAAAUGGUCCAUCUCCAACCCAACCUGUAUCUCAACAACCAGUACCCCAACAACAACCUAUACCCCAACAGCAACAACAACAACAACAACAACAACAACAGCAACAACAACAACAACAGCAGCAGCAGCAGCAGCAGCAGCAACAGCAACAACCUCCUCAACAACAGCAACAAGCACCUCCACCUCAAGUUAAACAAAAUAGAACUACAUCAUGUCCAAAACCAGUAGGAUUGGAUCCUUUGAUAAUAUUACAAGAACGUGAAAAUCGUUUAGCUGCCCGGAUUGCCCAUCGUGUACAACAAUUGAGCAAUUUACCAACAACAAUGAGUGAUGAUUUACGAAUCAAAGUGGAAAUUGAACUUAGAGCUUUGAGGGUAUUAAAUUUUCAAAGACAAUUAAGAGCUGAAGUGGUUGCUUGUACUCGACGUGACACUACAUUAGAAACUGCUGUUAAUGUUAAAGCAUAUAAACGAACAAAACGGCAAGGUUUAAGAGAAGCCAGAGCAACAGAAAAACUUGAGAAACAACAAAAAUUAGAAGCUGAGAGGAAAAAGCGGCAAAAACAUCAAGAAUAUCUUAGUACCAUAUUACAACAUUGCAAAGACUUGAAAGAGUAUCAUAGAAAUAAUAUUGCUAAAAUCGGAAGACUCAAUAAAGCAGUUAUGAAUUAUCAUGCCAAUGCUGAACGUGAACAAAAGAAAGAACAAGAAAGAAUUGAAAAAGAACGUAUGAGAAGAUUGAUGGCUGAAGAUGAAGAAGGAUAUAGGUACUUUUAUCUAACAUUUAAAAAUGUGGUUUGGUUUUAUUGUUAUUAAUUUUUUAUAGGAAAUUAAUCGAUCAAAAGAAAGACAAACGUUUGGCUUUCUUACUCUCGCAGACUGAUGAAUACAUUGGUAACCUUACAGAAAUGGUUAAAGAACAUAAGUUGGAACAGAAACGUAAACAACAAGAGAUGUUAAAGAAAAAAAAGGUGGGUUUAUAAUUAAUAUUAUAUUAAAUUUAUGUUGUCUAAUUACAUAUUUUGAUUUGCAUAAGAAGAAAGACGGACCUGAAGAUCUGGAUGAGAGUUCUCAGCAAUCAGACAUGCAUGUUUCAUUAAUUGAACCUUCUACUGGUAAGUGUUUUUUUUAAUUAUUUAAAACAUUAUUUAUAUUGAUCAUUAUUUUGUAUUAUAGGAAAAACGUUAAAAGGAGAAGAAGCUCCACUUGCAUCACAAUUAAACAGUUGGUUAGAUGCUCACCCUGGUUGGGAAGUAAUUGAAGAAUCUGAUGAUGAAGAUGAUGAGGAGCAAGAAGAUGAUGAAGCAAGCAACCAAAAAAGCAAGAAAACUAUUGUUGAAAAACCAAUUGAAGAAAAAGAAGCACCAAUUAAAAAAACUAAAAUGGAAGAUGAUGAAUACAAAACUGCAUCUGAGGAACAUACAUAUUAUAGGUUAGAUUCCUGUAUGAAAUUGAAUAUUAUGAGCAAAAAUAUUCAUCUGUGUGUGUACAUAUUUUUGUUUUAGUAUUGCCCAUACAAUUCAUGAAAGUGUCACUGAACAAGCUUCCAUUUUAGUUAAUGGUAAUUUGAAAGAAUAUCAAAUAAAGGUAUGCAAUUGUUGUUAGUUAAUCUGAAUUCAACUGAAUUAAGAAAACAUUUUUUUUUUUUUUUUAGGGUCUUGAAUGGUUAGUUUCAUUAUUUAACAAUAAUUUGAAUGGAAUACUUGCUGAUGAAAUGGGUUUAGGAAAAACCAUCCAAACAAUAGGUCUAAUUACUUAUCUUAUGGAAAAAAAGAAAGUAAAUGGACCUUUUUUGAUUAUUGUACCUUUGUCGUAAGUAUUAAGAGUUUGAAUUUAAUAUAGUUAAAACAUUUGGAAAAUUCCAAAAAUAAUAUUAUUUAUUAUUUUUUUAGUACAUUGUCAAAUUGGGUGUUGGAAUUUGAGAAGUGGUCUCCUUCAGUUUUUGUUGUAGCCUAUAAAGGAUCUCCAAUUAUGCGUCGAACAUUACAAGCACAAAUGCGUUCUACUAAAUUUAAUGUCUUGUUAACUACAUAUGAAUAUGUUAUUAAGGAUAAAUCAGUUCUUGCAAAAGUAAACAAUGAUUUUUUUUUUAUAAAUUGUUUUAAUAUUUUAAUUUUUAAUAGUACAGAGUACUUUGAAAAGGAAACUGUUAUUAUAAAUUAAAUUUAUUUUCAGCUUCAUUGGAAAUAUAUGAUCAUUGAUGAAGGUCAUCGAAUGAAAAAUCAUCAUUGUAAAUUGACACAAGUUUUAAACACACAUUAUAACGCUCCACACAGAUUAUUGUUAACUGGUACACCAUUACAAAAUAAACUUCCUGAACUUUGGGCUCUGCUUAACUUUUUACUACCAUCAAUAUUUAAAUCAUGUUCAACAUUUGAACAAUGGUUUAAUGCUCCUUUCGCUACUACUGGAGAAAAGGUAUAUUUCUUAAAAAAAAAAUUACUGUAAUUACCAAUUAGACAAAUUUAAUUCAUGUGUUAUUUGUUAAUUUAGGUGGAAUUGAAUGAAGAAGAAACCAUUUUGAUCAUUCGUCGUCUUCAUAAAGUUUUGCGUCCAUUCUUAUUGAGACGUCUGAAAAAAGAAGUGGAGUCUCAAUUACCUGAUAAAGUAGAAUACAUUGUUAAAUGUGAUAUGUCUGGCUUGCAACGAGUUUUAUACAAACACAUGCAGAGCAAAGGUGUAUUACUUACUGACGGUGCUGAAAAGGGUAGCAAAGGCAAAGGUGGCGCCAAAGCUCUUAUGAAUACUAUUGUUCAAUUGCGAAAGCUAUGUAAUCAUCCGUUUAUGUUCCAAAGUAUUGAAGAAAAAUAUUGUGAACAUAUUGGAACUGCUGGAAAUGUUGUUCAGGGGUAAUUAUCAAUAAAUACAAAUUAUGUUAUUUAAAUACAAAUUGUAUAAUUCAAUAUUGUUUUGUUUUUUAUAUUUGUGUAUAUAGACCAGAUUUGUAUAGAGUAUCAGGCAAAUUUGAGUUACUGGAUAGAAUUUUACCAAAAUUGAAAGCUACCAAUCAUAGAGUAUUACUCUUUUGUCAAAUGACUCAACUCAUGACUAUUAUGGAGGAUUAUUUGGGCUGGCGUGGUUUCCUUUACUUGCGUUUAGAUGGUACUACCAAAGCUGAAGACAGAGGAGAUCUUCUGAAGAAAUUUAAUAGUGCAGGCAGUGAUUAUUUCUUAUUUUUGUUGAGUACAAGAGCUGGUGGCCUUGGAUUAAAUUUACAAGCAGCAGACACUGUGAUUAUAUUUGAUUCUGAUUGGAAUCCACAUCAAGUAAUUAUUCAAUAACCAAUCUGGAGUAACCUAAUACUUAAUUUAUAAUUUUCGUGAUCAUUAGGAUUUGCAAGCUCAGGAUCGUGCCCAUCGUAUAGGUCAACAAAAUGAAGUAAGAGUGCUUCGUUUAAUGACUGUGAAUUCAGUUGAAGAACGUAUUUUAGCUGCAGCAAGAUACAAGUUAAAUAUGGAUGAAAAAGUUAUACAAGCUGGUAUGUUUGAUCAAAAGUCAACUGGAUCAGAGCGUCAACAGUUUUUACAAUCUAUUCUACAUCAGGACGAUGGAGAUGAUGAAGUAACUUUUUUUGAAAUCACUUUAAUUUCAUCUUACAUCAUAUGAAUAAAAUAAUAUUUUUAAUUUUAGGAAGAAAAUGAAGUCCCUGAUGAUGAAGUGGUUAACCAGAUGAUAGCUCGAUCGGUGGAUGAAUUUGAAUCAUUCCAAAAGAUGGAUCUUGAGCGUCGCAGAGAAGAUGCAAAGUUUGGUCCAAACAGAAAAUCAAGAUUAAUUGAGAUAUCAGAAUUACCCGAAUGGCUUGUUAAAGAUGAAGAUGAGGUAUGUUUUUAUUUUAUUAUAUUUAAUUGUAGUAUAAUAUUUAAAAAUUCAUAAUCAUAAUCAUCUUAAAGGUGGAAAGAUGGACAUACGAAGAAGAUUCUGAAGAGAUAAUGGGACGUGGUUCUCGUGCUCGUAAGGAAGUAGAUUAUACUGAUAGUUUGACAGAAAAAGAAUGGUUAAAGGCAAUAGACGAAAAUGUAGAUGACUUUGAAGAUGAUGAAGAAGAAGAAGUAAAAUCUAAUCGCAAAGGAAACCGCGGUAAAAAGAGAGGCAAAAGAAGUCUUGAUGAUGAUGAUGAGCCGCCAGUAAGAAAACGUAAAACUAUCGGACCAGAUGAACUAAAACUUCGAAAAAAAAUGAAAACGAUUAUGAAUAUUGUAGUAAAAUAUACAGAUGCCGAUUCUAGAAUAUUGAGUGAACCAUUUAUGAAACUACCCUCAAGACACAAACUCCCUGAUUAUUAUGAUGUAAUAAAGAAACCAAUGGAUAUAAAAAAAAUAAUGACAAAAAUUGAAGAUGGAAAGGUAUUAUAUUCUUAUAAAUGAAUCCUAUAAUGCUUCAACAAUUUUUUCUUAGUCUACAUUACAUUUUAAAAUGUAUUAAUUUUUAUUUAAUUAUUUUUAGUAUGCAGAUUUAAAUGAACUCGAAGUAGACUUCGUGCAACUUUGUAAAAACGCACAGCUAUAUAAUGAAGAAGCUUCACUAAUUCACGAAGACUCUAUUGUUUUACAAUCUGUUUUCACAAAUUCCCGUCAACGAUUAGAAACAACCGAUAUACCAGAAUCAGGACCAGAAGAAGGAACUAAAAGUAAAAAUGAAUGAUAUAUUUACUUAAAAGAAAAUUAAUUCAAACCUACAUAUCAAGUUUGAGUGUUUUUAAAAUUUUGUAUAUUCUUCUGAUAAACUUUGAAGAUAAUUUAUAUUAAUGACUGUUAAAUAACUUGUUAUACAAUAUCAUUAUUAUAUUCCUAAGUCUAAAGUGUAUUCUAAAUAUUUUAGGUGAAGAUGAAGUAUCAGAUGCUGAUACUACUUCGUCAUCAGUUAAAUUAAAAUUGAAAGUGAAAUCGCGUGGUAAAGGGUCGGAAGUGAGAACAUCUAACAGGAGAAAAAAAAAGAAGCACGCGAGCGAUGAUGAUGAUGAAGAUUCUAAUUAA